UUCUUGUUCAACUUCCUCUGAAGCUCUGGUAAUUCAGCUGAUUUCCUCACUUACCUUUAGAUUACCAUCAGACCAGCUGAACUCUGUUACCAUCAAACCAUAAAAGCUCCUGAAACUCAGAAAAGAUGAGGCGGUGGUUGUUCCUGUUCCUGUGGUUGCUCCUGCCUUCGGUGGCUUGUAACAGAAGAAAUAAUUGUACAUCUGCAUCAGAAUCAAAUGGCCCGGAGGAUGAAAGACCACAUACACCUGCUAAUGGAUAUGGAUUAAAUCAUGGAGAUAGAAAUUCAUAUGAUUUCAGGGCCAAGAAGCCAGAAAGAUGUCCAAGAAGUUCUCACAAUUCUGACAAGUGUCCAUGUAAUUCAAACGUUGAUGAAGGGCCUUCCAAUGCCAAAUGCUGUAUGGAAUAUGUGACUGAGACUUUGGAAAAUGGCAACUGCAACUCAGUUUUAGAAGCUGUAAAGAAGAUGGAAGAGACGCUAAAGGAAACAGAUCUGAAUGAGACCAUGUCAUUGUCUGCCGGACGUGUUGUGGCCUUUUUACACAAGCCAAAGGGCCCUUUCAAAGGCCUGAGUAUUUACGCCAGUGAUAGAGAGGUAAAGUCAGACAGGGCGGUUCCAAACAACAAAGUGCACAUUCAGUUUCCAAAGGAACUGGGAGCUGAAUCAAACAACACCAUCGUGUUCUGCAUGGUGUCCUUGCCUCAGAUGAAUGAGACCAUAUUAGGAUCUGAAGUGUUGCUGUAUGAGAACAGACUGAUUGGUCUGACUGUUCGGGGGAAAACGGUUUCAUCACUAAAGGAGCAUGUCAACAUCACCAUGAACCUUACUACAAGCAUAAACAGCACCCUCCUGCCAAAGUGUGUCUUCUUGAAUUUUUCAACAAAUAAUUUUAGUGAGGAUGGCUGUGUAACCCAAUGGACACAUGAUCAGGUCAUCUGCUCUUGUAACCACUUCACCUACUUUGGCAUUCUCAUGGUGUCUCCUAACAUCACAGAUGAAGACCAGCGGAAUCUGUCAUACAUCACUCUGAUUGGCUGCGGCGUUUCCCUUAUUGCUCUCUUCAUCACCCUUCUCCUCUUCAUCACAAAAAGAACUAUCAGAGCUGACGUCUCUAUGAAGGUCCACGUCAACCUCGCAAUUGCCCUGAUCCUCCUCAACGUUCACCUCCUCCCAAGUCAGGCGGUGGCGGCGUUUCCCUCUAAUGGGCUCUGCUUUUACAUGGCCCUCUUACUUCACUAUUCACUGUUGGCCACCUUCAUCUGGAUGGCUCUGGAGGGGUUCCACCUCUACCUCCUCUUGGUCAGGGUCUUUAAUAUCUACAUCAGGAAAUACCUCCUAAAGCUCACCUUGGUGGGAUGGGGCGUCCCAGCUGUUAUUGUGUCCAUAGUUGUCGCCAUAGACAGAAAUGUCUAUGGUCGUACCCCUGAGAACCCACAGAUCUCCAACAGCACGGAAAUAUGCUACAUUAAAGACUAUACAGUGAAGAUGGUGACCACAGUUGGACUGUUUUGCUUGGUGUUCAUCUUCAAUUUUAUCAUGCUAAUAGUGACAGUCAGACGUAUUCUGAGUAUCCGUCACAGCAAAGAGUACGGACAGAAUGAAAGCAGCAGAGCGAAGCGGGAUGUCUGCACCCUGAUGGGGAUCAGUAUCCUGCUCGGUACAACCUGGGGCCUCAUCUUCUUUUCAUUCAACGGCCUGCCCGUCGCCGGCCUGUACGCAUUCUGCAUCCUGAACUCACUGCAAGGUUUCUUCAUUUUCCUCUGGUUCGUGAUGUCAGUGAGAAAGACUGGAAACUCAACGACAAAGACCAGCAGCGAAACACACAGCUCUCAUGGAUAAAACGUACCAAAAUAUACACAUUCACACUGAAAUGCUGUAUAGUUUGCUAUUGUUUUCACUUCAGAUUUGUACAUUUGGGAGGUUUUGACAUGAACCCCAGCCCAUUUUAGGGUUAAGGUUCCAUCUGAGUCAUAUUUAUAUUUUACGUAGUUUGGGCUAUAUUUCAGCCACGUUACAUAUAGAAACUGGGAGGUGCUUCCUUUCAAAUGAAGUAAAUGCAUAAUGGGUAUCAUUUCUUUUAUUUUAUCAUAAGUUAUCAUAAAGCUACUGUAACCUAAUAUGCAUUUUGAUCUUGUCUUCAAUUAUAAACCUAUCCUUGUUUUAGUUUACGGCACUUUAGGAUUAGACAUAUUGUUAGUGUUGAUUUCAGGGACAUGUGUCUUGCUGGAUUUACUCUAUUGGAGUAUUGGUUAAUAUUUCCAUUAUGAAGUUACAGGAAGGUCAUUCUCCUUUCUUCCACUGUCUGUGCAAUAUCUUAAUAUUAAUCAAUAUCACUUUCAAAGCCCCCUCAUUUGUAAAAGAAUAACCUCCACACUGUGAAAUUGGCAACUUUUGACAGACACACCUUUUUAAUGUGUCAUUAUCUUUUAUAACAGUGUUUUUCAACCUUGGGGUCACCUGGAAUUUCUAGUAAUUGAUAAAAAAAAAAAUACUAUUAAAAAAUAUUUUUAACUGAUUCA